AUGGAGCUGGUAUUCUCUGAUGAAGCGCUGGCCAUUGUCGUCCCCAUAGCUGCCUACUGGGUGUGCUCCAGCAUGUACAUGGCGCUUGGACGGUCUAUGGAUGAGUACAGGCUACACCCAAGGGAUGAGGAGCGCAGCAAGAACCUCGUGUCCAAGCGCGACGUCGUCAAGGGCGUCGUCCUCCAGCAGCUCGUGCAGGCCGCCGUCGCCGCCAUAAUUUUCACGCUUACGGGCGGGAGCACCGCGACGGCCGCCGGCACGCAGCAGGGGACAACCUGCAGGACGUGCGUGACGGUGGUGCUGCAGGUCACGGUCGGCAAGGCCGUGCUGGACGGGUGGCAGUACGCGUGGCACCGGUACAUGCACCGCAACAAGUUCAUGUACCGGCACGUGCACUCGUGGCACCACCGCCUGGUCCUGCCCUACGCCUUCGGCGUGCAGUACAACCACCCAGUGGAGGGCCUCCUCGACACCGUCGGCGGGGCGCUCGCCUUCCUCGCCUCCGGCAUGUCGUCCCGCGUCUCCAUCUUCUUCUUCAUGCUCUGCGCCAUCAAGGGCGUCGACGCCCACUGUGGCCUGUGGCUGCCGGGGAACCCGCGCGCUGGCAGAUACAACUUCUCGCAGCCCUUCUUUGUGACGUGGGACAAGGUGUUUGGGACGCACAUGCCCUAUGUGGUCGAGCACAGGCCACAAGGAGGGCUCCACGUGCGGCCCAUGGAAGCCCUUAGCUAA